AUGUGCUCGCCAAAGGUCCACGUCAAUGAUUCAAUCCAGCCCUCCUGGAGCGAUGGUCAAGGAGGCUUCUUCGUCCUCUCUGACGCUCCGUCAACUUUGCCUGAAUGCCAUCCUCACCCGGCGGAUUCGCCCGACCUGCCCCGUGUGUACGCUGCCGGGGACCAGUCAGCAGUCUGGCGUGCUGGCGAAGCCUUCCUCAAAGUGCACGAUAUCCGGUUUCCCCAGGUGACCAGAGAGCACGUCAUCCUAGAAUUCCUGCAGAGCAAAAAGCCUCUUGACUUUAACAUUCCCGAUGUCCUCUAUCACGGCGAGUGGAACGACAGAUACUACUUGAUCAUCAGUCGCGUGCCGGGACAACUUCUCUCAGAAGCAUGGCCGGCAAUGGACGAGGCCCUGCGACGGCAUUAUGUUUAUCGUGUCGCCAAAAUCUGCCGGAAGAUGGCCGAAUGGAAGCGCGAAGGGGUAAUUGGUGGAGUCGACGGCGGCCAGGUGAAGGAGCUGUACCUUAGGAAAGGCGAGUCCCUGGAUCCCGAGGACCUCCGCGAGAAUUGUGCUGGCAUGGGCAUGGACACUUCUUGCCUGGUAUUCUAUCACUGCGAUCUUGGCCCGACCAAUAUUCUUGUCGAUCCUGACAGCGGGGGGAUAGGCAUUAUUGACUGGGAAAUUGCCGGUUAUGUGCCGAAAGAGUGGGUAAGAACCAAGUUUCAGUUGUCUUCGGGAAUGGACUUUCCCACGGGGGACGACGAAGAUGCAAGGAGAGAUUGGCGGCGGAUGGUUGCGCGUGAGUUGAAGGCAAUGGGCUUCCCUGAGGCCAUUGACGGCUGGCUGGGGUUUCAGGAGUCAAGUUGACGGAUGAACUAGAAUAUAAUAAGAUGGAAUUACGCUUGUCAGCCGAAGGACGACAGCGACACGCAACUGGCUCUGGUCAAGGAUCGUGAGGAAUUUUCAGGGCAGAUGGCCAAGAGACCGACAGUGAAGUAGCGCGGUUUAAAGAUCCUGAACGCCGGCUGUGAAAUACCUGCUUGGCAUGCAUACCAGGAAGCGCGACGAAUGCUG